UUUACUACCUGACAUCGACAUGACAUUUGGCGGGCGUUAUUGAAGAAUGGAGUCCACGGUUUCAGUUUCUAAGGGAGUUUUCCUGUUCACAAAUGGUUUUAAAAAGGGAAAAGUUAGCAAGAAGAAAAGUGGACAACCCCUGUUUGAAAAGAUGUUUAUGAAAGAACUUUGGUAUGAAACGUACAAACAAAACUGGAAGUACAUUGAAAAUGAAUUGCAGGAACUUCACCAAAGAACAUACAGCCUGCUACUGAAUGAUAUAGUUAGUUACAUAAAGAAUCAUGGUAUCACUGAGUCGGCCACAUUGGAAGGGAUUAUUCCGAGUGCCACUCUUCUAACUGGAGUCAGUCAACCAGAUCAUGUCUCCCAAUUUACUUCUCUUAUUGAAAUUAUCAGGUCUGAAGUGACCCCUCAUGUGGCACUAGUCAACUCACAAGACGCACCUUCAGUUAAGCACUUGGUGGAAAAUGCUAUUUGGCAGCUAAUUAAUGGAAACCAAGCAUUGGAUUUUGAUGAUGACUCAGAAGGGUGCAUCACUCAAACAAAGAAAGUAAAGAAGAAUCAAUGUACAAUGAAGACCUUAAAACAUUGGUAUCAGUCUAAGGCUAUGUUGUCACCAACAAAGAAAAAAACAUUAAAAGCAAAGCAGCCAUUAGUUAUCAUCAUUCCUGAUUUCGAGAGCUUUAACUGUAAUGUUUUACAAGAUUUUGUUAUGAUUGUCAGUUCCUAUGUAUCCACAAUGCCCAUAGUAUUAGUGUUUGGGGUGGCAACUUCAGUAUCUGCACUACAUAAGUCAUUUCCUUACAACGUCUCAUCUAAGCUUCUAAUAAAAGUAUUCCAUUCUCACGCCUCGCCUGUUUACAUGAAUCAAGUUCUAGAAGAUAUUUUCUUAACACACACAAGUCCAUUUCAUUUAUCAGGAAAAGCAUUUGAGCUGUUGACUGAUGUCUUCCUGUUCUACGAUUUUUCUGUCACUGGACUCAUACAAAGUAUAAAGUAUUGUAUGAUGGAUCACUUCUAUGGAGACAAUGUAAAGGCUCUAUGCUGUGACAGAGAGAAGCUUGAAGAGGUUAUAAUGGAGCUAAGCGCAGAUGACCUCGAAAGCAUUCGACAACUGAUGUCAUUCCGACCAUUCCUAGAACAACAGGAUUGCAGAACUAGGAUCAGUUUGUUUGAAGAUAACAAUUUCUUUAGAGAUGCGCUUUAUAAGAAGAUCAAUAGGCUACACGAUUAUUUGUACAGCUUUUAUAUGUGUUUGAGACUGCUAACGGUAUUUGUUAAAGAUUUGCCAAAGAAUAUGCUGGGGAAAUCUGUUCGAGAGAUAUACACGAAGUGCGCCUCAGAGAGUGUAACAGAAACGCCAGCAUUCAAAGACUGCAUGCAGCUUUUAAAGUUUCAAUCGCAAAUGAAAUUGGUUGAGAGUAUCAAAAGUGCCUUGAAGAUAGUCAACACAUAUUUACAAAACUUAUCACCAGUGAAACCUCUCCGACUGUCGCCUACGAAGAAUAAUCUCAAUAACAUAGUACUAAAUGAUGAUCUCGGUGAAAACUUCGUCAAAACUUUGAGAGUGCAUUUGCUUACAUUUUUAAGACAGAUAGAGAAUGCCAGUACAGACACGACUGUCGCUACAAACAGUUUAUCAGAUACCGAGGGCAAUGAAAAUGUUCCUGGCAAUAGAUAUAAGUUGAAGGAGAAACUACUGAAAGCAACAAGAAUUGACCGAGUACAGUCUGAGUUCGAGAUGGUUCGGUCUCGGUUCGUGAGUUACCUAGAAGACAUGUUCAGUAAGGGCUUGCAACCGGCGCAUGCACAGACGUUCCACGAAAUAUUGUUCUUCAGCGACGUGUCGAAUGUUAGGAAGCACAUAGUGGGCUCCCCUCGCGGUGCAGUCCAUACGGCUCUUAGCAAUCCAGUGCAUUAUUUGCAGUGUUCUUGCUGUCACCUACCAUCAUCAGACAGCGUAAUAGAUACGUUACCCGAUGUUUGCCUGGCAUACAAGUUGCAUCGCGAGUGCGGCAAACAUAUCAACUUGUAUGACUGGCUGCAGGCCUUCGCCGCGGUGCUGCGCCCAGAGGACGAUGACGAUCAGAGGCACCAAGAUCCUACUGUGCAGUUAAGAUUCACUCGUGCUGUAGCUGAACUGCAGUUCCUCGGAUUUAUAAAAUCAUCUAAAAGAAAAACUGAUCAUGUAAUGCGUUUGACGUGGUAAUUUGGUACAUACCAGUUCUAUUGUGAAUUUUAAUUUAUUAAAAAAACAUUUGAU